UAAUAGGGUGUGUGGCUACAAGACAGAUAGACACGUUAUUUAAAUGAAGUGAAACAAGGGUUCAGGAAGUUAUGUAAUGAUCACUACAUGCAGAUAAAUAGCUAAAGGGGAACUUUGCACAACUGCUCGAUCUUCAAGGUGGAAUCGAAGGAAUUGAAGGAAAGGCCCAAAAUAAAAGUGUUAGCAGCUGCUUCAGAGCAUCAGCGUUGGAUAGACAGCACUAAAAGGAGGAGAGAGAGAGAGGGAGCAAGCAACAGAGAGAGAGGCAGAGAGAAAGAGAGCAGGAACAGAAAACGAGACAGGGGAGAGGCUGAUUUCGUUCAAGCUUAUUACUGAUCUCACUGAAAGGCUUCCUGUGUCAGCACCAUGGGAAAGUCAGCCUCAAAGCAGUUUGCUGAGGAGGUUCUGCGAUGCCAUAAUGAGUACAGGAAGAAGCACCAGGCUCCUCCACUGAAGCUGAGCAGCAAGUUGAGCAGAGAGGCUGCCCGUUAUGCUGAAAGUCUGGCCAGCACAAGGAUCCUGAAACACAGUGUGGAGUCCAGUAGAGGGAGCUGUGGAGAGAACCUGGCGUGGGCGUCCUAUGACCAAUCAGGGAAGGAUGUGGCAGACCGCUGGUACGAUGAAGUGAAACAGUACAAUUUCAAUCGUCCUGGAUUCUCCUCCGGCACUGGUCAUUUCACAGCAAUGGUGUGGAAGAGCACUAAAGAGCUGGGUGUUGGUAAGGCCACUGCAUCAGACGGUUCUUCCUUCGUGGUGGCAAGAUACUACCCAGCUGGAAAUAUCACCAACCAGGGACACUUUGAAAAUAACGUUCUCCCAGCAAAAACCACGUCCUAAUGAUUUCUAGAUGCCUAAGACUUGACUCAGGCACAAAGGCAUUUAUUCCUUUUACCAAGAGGGAAGUUAUCUGUCUGCACUGCUAUGGUGAAUACUCAGGAGAGCACCACUUAUUGCCUAGUAGAGACCCAUGUUAAAGUCUUGUAUGGAUUCUAAAAGAUGAAAUGCACUUGGGCUUUAAGUCCUAUAUUUGUCAUUUGGACAUGGGUGUGUAUGAUACAGUGUUUGAAAUGAAAGAGGCACUACUGUUUGACAUGACUAACAACAUAUAUCCAGAGACUAUGUGAAGUAUAAUCCUGAUUUUCAUUUAAAUUUCCUGUGAUAGUAUUUCAUUCAUUAAUUCCAGUACUUUUAUAUUUUCACUCACUGAAAUACAUCAAAGCCUCACAUCUGUAUUUGUGUAAGAAUGGGAACUAAUUCAGUCAGGACAGGGAAUACAUAUUUACUUGUGGAGUCUUUGCUUUUAAUUUAAAGCUGAUGACUCAACAUGCUUGGUAUGUGUGUUAUUGCUACUACUUGUCAAAGCAGAACCCUGCCACCUUGUAUGUGUUUUGUACUCUAAUCAGUUUUGUACAAUAAAGCUGACAGAUUGUCAGAAAUGCAUUUGGCAUCUGUCCAUGCAUGCUAGUGUUAUCAGUGUUGCAUGACAUUAGAGAGAGAGACAGAAGAAAACGUUAAUCAUGACACAACCAUAUUUUUUUGGAAUAUGAGUCACUGUUUUCUGGAAAAAAAAAUAAUCCCCCCAUGGAAUAUGAUAAAGCGGGAACAUUUUAGACAAUUUGAGCAGUUGCAUAUGUAAACACUGAGUAAUGAGCAUUUUUUCCAUUUGGUACUAAGGGUCUGAAUAACUGUAAGACAUAAAUCUUCUACUUCUAAAAACCAAUAUAGCAGUGCAAAGUAUUUCUUUAAUAUCUGCAGACUGCCUCUGCAAAACAAUAAAACAAUUAUAUGAAAUGGUAAUCUUACAGUGCAGCCUGUUAGCAAUGUUUCUUAAGAAAAACCCAUUACCAGAAAAAGAAAUGUUAAUAUGCCUUGCCUAUAUUUCACACAGUCUACACUUAAACAGCACGCCAUGACAGGCUUCACACAUUAAAGCUCCAAUCUGUUAUCAUAUAAAUUACAAGCACGCUGUAUUUUUACAUAUAUUAAGAUAUAUAGACGAGAUAUGGAUGAAAUAUAUGCAUUUGUGUGUUUCUCAGCUCUGAAUGCUCGGAAACACGCUGCAGGCCUGUCAGCCCUUUAGCAGCAACAAAAACAAUCAUUUAGAUGUUAGUAUGAAUUGGUUUGAGAGUGAUAGCAGAUUCCAUUAUUUUGUUGGAUGUUGGCUUUGUUUUUACCUUUAAAGGGGCUAUUAUUGCCAGGAGCAGUUGGUGGUGAUUGUCGCUUUACAAGAGCUUUGGCCAUCGUUGCGUUUACAAGAGGUUAUAAUAGGCGCUCUGAGCAGUGCUACAUCUUCAGGGCAGAUUGGAGGCUACAGUGGAUAACUAUCAGAGACUGAUGCUGGUUAGCAUGCUAACUGCAGUUCUAGACAAGACAUGAUGGAGAAGACAGUUUGAUGCUGAGCUUGCAAUGUUGCUCCUACACUGGUAAGUAAACAGUUGCUAAUGCUAACGCUGGCUAUGUAGCAAUAGCAAAACUUACAAAUAGCUUAAUAGAUUUUACAUUUAGAUAAGAUGUAGUCGAUUUGUGAACAUUUACUUCUGGCUUUUGGGAACUAGCAGGCCAACAGAAUCUCUACACUGGUAACAUGUGAGGGUUAGUUGGUAGAGAGAUA